AGAAACUGGCAGCGAGCUUCUGGUGCUCCACUCCUUCUUGCAUGAGUUGUUGCGUACUUUGUUUUGGACGAGCGACUUUGGAUGAUGUUGGGAGGAAAACAUCUGGUUCUUCUGGCCGCGAUCACAGUCCUGGUCAAAUGUCAGAAGCCAGAAGUGUCGAUGUCACCCCCGUUAAAGCAGGUCUUCACCGGGGACCUGUUUUAUCUGCAGUGUGACGGCAGCAGCAGCCACAACUCAGUGAAGUGGUAUAUGAACGAUGAAGAACAAACAUGGACAAAGAAAUUCUGGAAGAUUCCAGCUGCCAAACCCCAGAACUCGGGCUCCUAUCGAUGUGAGGUCAACGGGCAGAGGAGUGACGGUCUGCAAGUCCAUGUUCAGGAGUUGCUCCCCACGGCGUCGCUCAGCAUCAAGACGGGUCAGCCUGUGGCGCAGAGGCACAGCAGCGUCAUCCUGCAGCUCGAACACGAGGACGGCCUGCGGGGCUGGAGCUGCCGUGUCUACAGGGGGGACAAGGUGAACAUCAUCCCCCUGAAGCUGGAGGGGGAAAACGACGUCAGUCUGACGUUUCAACCCAGAGGUCUGCUCGAACUCGAGACCACGUUCUGGUGUACAGACCAGAGCGAAGAGAGCAGAAGCAACCAGAUCACCGUGAGGACCUCAGAAAAGAAGGUGUCUCUGGAAAUCUAUCAUCUGCCUGCCGUCGUCGGACAAGACGUGACUCUGCGGUGUCUCGUCUGGGGCACCAAGCAGAUCAGCCGCACCCUUUUCUACCGAGGGGACGAAGUGAUCGCAGAAGGCAACAGCAACACCAUUGAAAUCUUGAACAUUACAGAUUCUAAAGAGGGAAGCUACAAGUGUCAGGCAACGUUCACAUAUAAGGCUGGCACUGGUGAGCCUUACCGCGAAACCUCGGAUGCUCAAGAUCUGCUGACUGUCAGUGCCAGAGCCGCGGACCUCUCUCCAGACAUGUCCUGCUCUUGUCCGCUGUGUCCCAGCGGCAUGUCCUAUCGGUACUACAGGAGGAACGGCCAGUUGUGGGAACGUCUGGGCCCUGGUCAGACGCCGGAGGAGAGCGGGACGUACCGCUGUCAAGCUGUGGGGAGGGGCAGCAGAACGUUCCUCAGCAGACCUGUCUACCUAUUGGCUCAGUCCUCGACGGUUUUAAUUCCAGUCGUUGUCGUGCUGCUGCUGAUUGGGACUGUGAUUGGCUGUGUGGCGUUCAUCGUGUGGUACAGAAGAAGAAGUGCGAUGGGGUCAAUCAAUGAGGAUGUGGUGCUGAGGUCGCCGUGUGAGACCAUGUGAGGAGGCCGCGGCAAGGAGAACGAGUACGAAACCCUUCACCCAAACCAGCCGACCUCAGGGAGUAAAGGCAGCGAAAAUGAGGCACUGAAGGCAGAGGGGAUGAAGGAGGGUGUUUACCACACUCCGAG